CAUUCCAUCAUGGCGGUCAAUUUGAACGAAUCUGGUGUGCAAACCGCAUCGCCCGUGACCGUAAGCCUUCGCGACCUGCACUCAGGUAACACAGUAAACAAGAUGCUUUGCAAUCAUGACCAUCUCAUCAUUGUGUANGGUUCCGUGCCAUUCGAGGCCCUCGAAGAUGCUUUCGGUCCCGAUUCUUUGGGGAUUAUUGUCGUUCGUGACCUGCCAUCUGAGUUCGUUACCAUGAGAAAGGCCCUGCUGUCGUAUUCUUCGUAUCUGGCCAAUUUACCUCAGGCUGAGCUCGAAAAUCUCGAGGAUCCUCAAAGCAGCUAUCUCGUAGGCUGGAGUUGCGGCAAAGAGACGCUCAAGGACGGCAGGUACGACACGCUUAAAGGAUCCUACUAUGCCAACCCCGUACAGAACCCAGACUUGCACCAAAAGGCUGUCGAGAAGUUCCCCAAUCUUCCAGAAUACACUGCUGCAAACAUCUGGCCAAGCAACGAUGUUCUUCCUGGCUUCGAGCACGCCUUCCAGUCUUUGUGCACCUUUAUUAUUGACACUGCUGCACUGGUUGCCCGGGCCUGUGACCGGUAUGCUGUCAAGAAUGUGCCUCGAUACCAAGAAGGCUAUCUCGAGCAUGUUGUCAAGACGAGCAUUUCUACGAAGGCCCGUCUGCUCCACUACUAUGCACCAGCCACGAACCAAGCUGAGGGAGAGAGCUCACCUGACGAUUGGUGCGCGACACAUCUGGAUCACGGUUGUUUGACGGGCCUGACCUCAGCCAUGUUCAUCGACGAAGCAGCCAACCCUCCUCACAUCGACUCUGCAGAAGUCCCAACGUUGCCCGAACUGUCCUCGCCACCGGACCCGGCGGCCGGGCUAUACAUUCAUUCCCGCUCUGGCAAGGUGACCAAAGUCAACAUCCCAAAGGAUUGCCUUGCUUUCCAAACUGGUGAAGCUCUCGAGGUCAUCACCAAGGGUAAGUUCAGAGCGGUGCCGCACUUUGUCAAGGGUGCUGCACCUGGCAAAGGUGGUCAGGUUGCAAGAAACACUCUGGCUGUCUUUACUCAACCGAACCUUUGGGAAAUGGUCGAUGAGAAGCGUGAUUUUGCUACAUUCGCCAAGGAGAUUGUCGAGCGCAACCACUGA